ACCAAUCAAAUUACGAAGUUCAAAGUUCACUUAUCAACAACUAGGAUAAAAGUAUUUUAACUAAAUGUAUUGAAUUUUAUUAACACAAAAUAGGUGAUUCCAGUGCCUUUUACAUUUACAACCGUAAUUUUAUACUUUUUAUUACUUGAGACAAAAAUGGCAUUAUUCAAUAAAAUUGCAUCUAGAUUGGGCAACUGUGUGAAAUGCAGGGGUAUAGCAUCUUUGAGUGCUCUACCAGAGACUCAUCAAAUGCUUCAGAAGACAUGCAGAGACUUCGCAGAAGGGGAAUUAAAACCAAUAGCUGCAAAAACGGAUAGAGAACAUCUAUAUCCUAAGGACCAAAUAAAAAAGAUGGGGGAACUGGGUUUGAUGGCAAUUUCCGUUCCAGAAUCUUUAGGAGGGACUGGGCUCGAUUAUUUAGCAUAUGCUAUCGCCAUGGAGGAAAUUUCAAGGGGUUGUGCCAGUGCUGGUGUUAUAAUGUCUGUUAAUAAUUCCUUAUAUUUAGGACCAGUAGAAAAGUGGGGAAAUGAAGAACAGAAAGAAAAGUUCAUAAGACCUUUCACAACUGGCGAUAGAGUUGGUUGUUUUGCACUUUCCGAGCCAGGAAAUGGUUCUGAUGCUGGUGCAGCUUCAACAACGGCAAGAACUGUUGGUAAUGACUAUAUACUGAAUGGAACAAAGUCAUGGAUAACUAACGGAUACGAGAGUGAAGCAGUUGUUGUAUUUGCAACCACAGACAAGAGUUUGAAACAUAAAGGAAUAUCCGCUUUUCUUCUUCCUAAACCAAUAAAGGGUUUGGAUCUUGGAAAGAAGGAGGAUAAGCUGGGAAUAAGAGGUUCCUCCACAUGUUCCUUGAUUUUCGAGGACUGUCAAGUGCCCAAAGAAUCAAUGUUGGGAGCCCCUGGAUCUGGUUUCAAGAUUGCUAUGAUGACUCUUGAUUCUGGUCGAAUAGGUAUAGCUUCUCAGGCGUUGGGAAUCGCCCAAGCUGCCCUCGAAGUUGCAGCUGAGUAUGCAUCCAAACGUUUGGCCUUUGGUAAACCUAUACUCAAGCUACAGACCAUACAGAAUAAACUCGCAGAAAUGGCUUUGCAGCUGGAAUCCGCUAGACUUCUAACAUGGAGGGCCGCUUGGUUGAAGGACAACAAAAUGAAUUAUACAAAAGAGGCUGCGAUGGCUAAAUUGGCUGCCAGCGAAGCGGCUACGGCUUUGAGUCAUCAGUGUAUUCAAAUACUUGGAGGGAUGGGUUAUGUUUCCGAUAUGCCGGCAGAAAGAUUCUAUAGAGAUGCCAGAAUUACGGAAAUAUACGAAGGAACUUCAGAAAUACAAAAACUCGUCAUCUGUGGAAACCUUAUCAAGGAAUUAGCCCUUUAAAGUGGUAUUUUAAUGGUUGAGCUUGAAGAGUUGCAGCGAUAUGGGGGCAAGUAAUUGUAAUAUUUCUAUACUAUACAAUUCAGAGAAGACUGAACGAAUUUAUGAUUUUUUAUAUCGUUUGUCACAAUAAUAAAAAGUAUUUUCAUGUA